AUGACACAAAGGAGCAAUUUACGUUUGCCGAUUUGGCUACCAGAGCAAAGUUCAUCGGGAAAAGCCCUGGUGUCGAUGGGAGUUGAGCGCGGAGAGGUAGUAAUGCUAUGCAUGGACAAUUCACCUCAAGCGGUCUACCUCUUUCUGGCAGUGUCAUUAGCCGGAGCCGUAGCUUGUACCUUAUCGCCAAAGUUAUACGCAGGUAAUGUUAAUCAUUACGUGCAAGAAUUGGGCGCG